GCGGUGGUUGCCACGGGAACGGGAGGCCCGGAAGGACGCGUUACCGCGGCGGCCUGGGGACGGCACCGAUGGAGCCGGGGCCGGGACCGGCGGCCGAGGGGCCGGGGACCGCCGCCGGGGGGCAGGGGCCCGAGCCCAAGGGCGCGGUGGGGGCGCGGUCCGCCUGCCCCUUCCUGGCGUGGAGCGCCGCGGAGGUGGCUGAGUGGGUGGUGCAGCUCGGCUUUCCCCAGUACGAGGAGUGCUUCACGGCCAACAGCAUCACCGGCCGCCGCCUCAUCCUCGCGAACUGCUCCAGCCUGCCCGCCAUGGGCGUCACGGACUUCGGCCACAUGCAGGAGAUUUCACGACACGUGCGAGAAUUGUUGGGGAUUGAGGAGCCUCUCUUCAACAGGUCCAUAGCCCUCCCGUACAGAGACAAUGUAGGUCUCUUCCUGGAGCGAAAGUCCCGAUCAGGAAAGAAAGCAGACGCCCUCACUUUCUCACAGUUUAUCCAAGAAGCAGGACUGGAGCCUAACACUACAGUUCCUCCUUUCCAACAAGCCCAGACUGGGGCAGAAGCACAUGCUCUGCCUGUAUCACAGGGCGCCCAGUGGCAGGAUUAAAGACUCACACUGCACUCUACCUUUGUUAGAAGCCCAGCAGGGACAGCAGAAUAUACCCUUAUCACCUUGCAGUUUGUCCAAGGAGGUCCAGUUCCACCUUCUCCUGGUUAUAGAGAACGUCAUUGCAGCCCUUAGCCAUCUGACGACAGCAAACACAUCCCCACGUUGGCUCCUUUCUGCAGUCCAUCGUUUGCUUCCAGGAACUAAGUGAAGCAAAAGGUAUAAAUCAGACUGUACCAUCGUCUGUCUUUCACCUCUGCUUCACAGUUGAUUAAAAAGACCAAAAAAUAAUCAUAGACAUAUUUUAACUACCAGUGAUUGAUAACAACUUCCCUGCAGCUCAAGUGAAUAGAUUUCUCCCAGUCUUCAGUGUCUGCAGGCUGGGCUCACUGUAAAGCCCAGAUGUAAGAUAAAUGGCAUAUACAAUAACUGGUGUACAGGUGUGUUGCCAGCUGCUGUCGACAAUCGUAAGCACAGGGCCUAGUUACAACAUGCACAACUAGUCCUGGGCCUGACCACAGAAAUUAUUUCCUGUGAGGCAAAACCAGGCAAUGGUUUAUCAUAGUAAACAGUACCGAAACACAUGAAAGAUGACAGCAGGAAGUAUAAGAGAAUACUGUAAACUGAACUAGAGAAUUUAGGAAAUAAAAAAUGCCUUGCCCUGUGUGGAUUUGGACAGAA